AUGUUUUCAAAUCAGAAAUUUCCAUAAUUCAUUGAUCUCAGAUACAAUACGCUGAAGUUUUAUUUUUGAAAUACUGAAUUCAAGCAAUAAUUUGAUUUCGUCCCAAUUUUGAUUUUAACUGUAGAUCCGGAGAAACGUGCUCAACUUAGUUGGAGAAGUCGUAUUCAUAUUAUAAAUGGGAUUGCAAAGGGAACUCUUUAUCUCCAUGAGGAUUCUAGACUUAGAAUCAUCCAUCGGGACCUGAAAGCUAGCAAUAUCUUGUUGGACAAUAACAUGAAUCCGAAGAUUUCUGACUUCGGAAUGGCAAGGAUCAUGGAAGCUAAUGAAGGCGAAGGCAAUACUGUUAGGAUAGCGGGAACAUAUGGAUACAUGGCACCAGAGUAUGCAAUGGAGGGACUUUACUCCACCAAAUCUGAUGUUUUUAGUUUUGGAGUUAUUCUGUUGGAGAUCAUAACCGGAAGAAAGAAUUCUGGAUUCCACAAAUCGAAACGUGCUCCUAGCCUCUUAGCUUAUGCAUGGGAAUUAUGGAACAAUGGAAAGGAACUCGAGAUGAUAGAUCCAGUGUUGGCUGAUUCAUGCUGCUCUGAUGAAUUUUCCCGAUGCGUGCAUAUCGGUUUAUUAUGCGUCCAAGAAGAUGCUAGUGAAAGGCCAGCCAUGUCGUCCGUUGUUUUAAUGCUGAAAAGUGACAACUCAAUUGAUCUUCCUCAUCCUCAACGGCCGGCCAUUUUUGCCGGGAGAUUUACAGACCACCACGAGGCAAAAGCUGAUGAUUGUUCUGUCAGUGGCCUAACAGUUUCUGAUAUUUUACCUCGUUGAUGAAGCUGGUGAAUGAAUGAAGUGUGUGACCACGAAGCCCUCUUAGGUAUGUCCGCGGCUAUAUAGGAUAUAAUGGGCAAAAUACGUUCAUUGUUUCUCAGUUACAAAAAUUGGUAUGAAAGAGUAAUAAUGGAAUGAAAUCAAUUAUCUGUU